AUGAUAUCGCGUAGAACAUUCGUCACUAAGAAGGACGAUAUUCUCUCGUUCGACGCUGGCAACGACACUGACAAGUUGAUUGAACUUCACAAUCGUGUCAUUAUGAAUACGUAUGCGCGUGUGCCAGGCAUCGUUUUGUCCCACGGAAAGAAUGCAGCGGUUUUCGACCUGAAGGGAACCGAGUAUCUCGACAUGGGUGCCGGUAUCGCUGUGAAUGCUCUCGGACACAACGACGCCGGUCUCGUCAAGACGAUCGCUGAGCAAUCGGCCAAGCUAAUCCACACCUCCAACCUCUAUUACAAUGCGCCGGCAAUCCGUCUGGCACAGCAAUUGAUUGGCAACAGCGCGCUCGACAAAGUGUUCUUUGCCAACACCGGAACGGAAGCGAAUGAGGGAGCGUUGAAGUUCGCACGUAAACACGGUCUCCAAUCGUCGCCCGAUAAAUACGAGAUCGUUGCUUUCACCCACGGAUUCUCUGGUCGUUCGAUGGGCGCGCUAUCCGUCACCCACAAGUCAAAGUACCGUGAAAUCUACGGUCCAUUGGUGCCAGGCAUCAAAUUCGCCACCUACAACGAUAUCGAAUCGAUGCGUGCCGCAAUCGGACCAAACACUUGCGGUGUCAUCGUGGAGCCGGUACAGGGCGAAGGUGGACUGGAAGCCGCCACCCCAGAGUUUAUGCAGGCGUUGGCAGAGCAAUGCAAGAAGAACAACGCGUUGUUGAUCGUCGACGAAGUCCAAUGUGGACUGGGAAGAACCGGUGAGUUGUGGGCACACGAGCGUCUCGGUGUCAAGCCCGACAUCAUGACGCUGGCCAAGCCACUCGCCGGCGGAAUGGCGAUCGGCGCCAUUUUGGUGCGCGACCACGUCGCCGGAUGCAUCAACCCGGGCGACCACGGAACCACUUUCGGAGGUUCGCCACUCGUUACUCAGGCCGGACUCUACGUGUUCCAAAAGAUCGUGCAGCCGGCGUUCCUCGAGGAGGUGCGCGCCAAGGGCAGACACCUCAAGGCGAGACUCCAAGCGAUUGCCGACAGCGAUGCCGGUCGAUCGAUCAAAGAGAUUCGUACUGUCGGUGGUCUGUUUGUAGGUAUCGAAUUCGACCACGCCGUCAAGGAUCUCGUCAACUUUGCUGUGGCAGCACCCAAUCAUGUAUUUUUCAUUUCCGCCGGUGACAACACACUUCGUCUUUGUCCACCACUCACCAUCUCAACCAAAGAUCUCGAUAGAGCAUGUGAUGUAAUCGAAGCAUAUCUAAAGAAAUAUAAUCAACAAUCUAAAAAGCAAUAA